UGGCUGCCCUUUAGGAUUUGUUAGAAAGGAGCCCCGGCUGCAUCUGCUGGAUUUCUGCAAGGCUGAGGGGACAGAAAAAAAGAGGAAGGCAAACUCCCAAGGUGCUAUUUUGUGAAAUCCCGUCCUGACCUUCCUCUGGAGUUUCAGUCCCACAUCUCCUGCCACCUGCCGGAAAUUUCUGCUUACAUGUUUUACCAUCACUUCCAACUCAACAGCAUUUAAAGGCUACCAAGAAUCAAACAGCAAAUCACCUUUACAUCACCGGUUUGCAUCAGAUCUUCAUGGCGGCCUGUUGAGUUACCAGGCCCAGGAGCAGGAGAUGGGUUCAGCAGUAGUCAGCAAGCCAUGAUCCAGAGAGGACUGUGAGGGACAGUGCUGCUGGAUACCUUUAGAGGGCAGCCUUGUGGAUGGCCCCGAAGCAAGCCAGAUGGAACAGGACAGAACCAACCAUGUUGAGGGCAAUAGACUAAGUCCAUUCCUGAUACCACCGCCUUCUCACAUUUGCCAGCCAGAGUCAUUGGCAGUGAAGCUACAGAAUGGCAGUUCAUUAACAGAGAGGUCUCAUCCAGAAGUGAAUGGUGAAAAUAAGUGGCUAUCAUUCAAGAGCAAUUAUGGAAUGCCCCCUACAAAGGGAAGCCAGAAUAAUUGUGUCAGUCUAGACUUCAUACAUGAAGAUAGAGAGUAUCCCAAGUGUAUGCAAAAUGGGGGAAUAAAACGUACAUCUAGUGAGCCUUCCCUCUCUGGAUUCCAUCAAAACAAGAAAGUGAAGCAAGGUCAACAUGUCAAUGGGGAAAGAGAUGACUUCAGGGGAAACCAAGAAGGAAAUAAUCAAGGUGAAAGCAGCAGCCAACCAAAUGUCUCCAAUUCAUGUAACAAGGUGCCUGUGAACUUCACAGUUCAGGAAGAAUCAGCCUCAGAUUUUCCCUGCUCUGCAAGGCAUAACUGCAGUGGGUCUGAAAACCCAGAAUUCAAAAAUCAAAACGAGCAGGAGAGGAAAAAUGUUAGUUACUCAAACAAGAACGUUGUAUUAUAUCUUAAAAACAAGGCAGUACCAAUGCCUAAUGGUGCUACAGUUUCUGCCUCUUCUAUGGAAAACACACAUGGUGAACUCCUGGAAAAAACACUGUCUCCAUAUUAUCCAGAUCGUGUUUCCAUUGCGAUGCAGAAAACCACAUCUCACGUAAAUGCCAUUAAUAGUCAGGCUACUAAUGAGUUGUCCUAUGAGGUCACUCAUUCAUCCCAUACCUCAGGGCAGAUCAACUCCCCACAGACCUCAAACUCCAAGCUGCCUCAGGUGCCAGCUAUGGUGGCGCUGGAGGCCUGCAAUGCUGAUAACUCCAGCAUACCAGCUACAAUGCCAGCUAGUUAUCCCCUUCAGAAGCCAGAACAACAGGUGCAGCAACAGAAAUCCGUUUUUGAGAUAUGUCCCUCUCCGGUAGAGAACAGUAAACACCAAGGAACCACAGAGCUGGUACCUGGUGAAGAAUUCUGUCUAGGUACCAGCAACAACCUGCAAAUUCCUGGUGGCACCCCUGAUGGAUAUUCAAAGCAAAAUGAAAUGAGUGGAGCUUACUUGAAGCAAAACUCUGUGUUUGCUAAGAAUUCUUUCAUUGCCACUACACCUCCACCACCACCCCAAUCAUCUCCUCUUCCUUUUCUUCUUCCUCCCCCUCCUCCUCCUCCAGUUCCUCAACCUCCUUCAGAAAUGGAAAGCACUCUGCAUGGUGAGGUGACAGAAGAACCCCAGCACUACCCUAGCCAAAGUGAAGAAAGUCUUCUAAGGGAAAUGAAGAAUGAGGGGCUGUCAGAGGGCCCUACGUCCCAGAGUCCUGACCCAUCCACAUGUGCUACCAAAUCUUUGAUGUUUCCAGAGAAGCCUCAGAAUAACUGUGUCCACAGAAAUGAAAUGCCAGCUUCCAUGAUGGCAUCAGCAGGUGCCUCAUGCUCUGAGGAAAGAAAGCCAAUAUCUGAACAGCUCAACCAGCGACCGGAAGUCAUUGGGAGUGGUAGGGAUCUCCAGCAACACCACCAGAAGCUGAUUAGACAAAAAGACCAAGAAAUACCAAGGGAGAAGGAAAGGAAGGAAGCAAAACAGCAUGUACUACAAACUCAGUCAUAUGUGAAACCAGGCUGGAUUGAGCUGACUUCCUCUCACUUUCAUCAAGGACAGUCUCACCCAAAGUCUAAGGAGGAAUUAUUGAGGAUGAUGCUUCAGUAUCAGUCCAAUAAAGUUGAUCAGAUGACCUCAAAACAUUAUGCCAGGGGCCCCAACAUAUCCAAAGGAGCCCCAGGUCAAACUUAUAUCCAGAAAAUGGUGCAACAGGAUCAGAUGCCCCAGAUGUACCAAAUGGAGAGUGCCCGAGUGCAGUCUCAGGCCCCAGUGGACCAGUUCCAAAAGCCUUCACCCCAAAUGCCCCUUCCCAAGAUGGAAUCUCCACUCCAGGCCCCUAUGCAGGCACACUGCAUGCCAAAAUUUCCUUUUCAGGCAAGACCAGAUCACCAAGCUGAGAAACCCAUAGGCCCACCACUGAAGCAGCCACACUUGAACCCUCAGGCUGCGGAGACUGAGCCAUUCUUACCUGCACACCUCUCACAGCCUUCGCUGCAGAGACAGGCAUCACAAGCACAAUUGCCUCCGAACCCACCCCUCACUCUAAACCAUCAGCAGCAAAAACUCCAGGGGAAGAAUAAAGAACCAGGGGCCCAGACUUUUCCUCAUUCACAUGGCAGCAAUGAACCACAGAGAGAGAGGCCUUCCUUUGGCCAGCUGAAAAGGGAGGAAUGCCUUCAUUCUGAAAGUCCGUAUAGCAAGUCAAAUGAGUUCCUGUCUCAUAAUACGCGGGUGGGCUUAGAGCAGGUACACAGUAUCAAUAGUAGAAACUCUUCUUAUGGCCAGAUGCUGAAAUCAAACAUAAACAACGUGCAGUUUUCAUGCCAAAACAAUGUGCCCUUGGCUUCAGAGAGGAAGGAAAAUGCCAUCACUUCUGAAUUCUUUGCAGGAAACAAAACACAGGACUUGCAUCAUAUGCAAUACUUUCCAAAUAAUGCAACUUCAAAGCCAGGUGUGUCUCAUGGGUGCUUUCAAGAACAGGGACAUAACCUACAUCAAGCAUCUCCCCAUCAACAGUUACCACCCCAGCAGCCACAGGGAUAUCAUAGUAAGAACCAAGACUUGCCUAGCAAGCAAGCAAGCCAGAACCUUCAGCAAAGGUACUCCUUCCAUCACCAGCCGGCUGCCCCACCCGCACCGGAGCAGAGGGCAAGCCACAUUCAAUCGCCUCCCCAGAAGGACUUCCAAAAGCAUGCAGCCCUUCGGUGGCACCUCCUGCAAAGGCAAGAGCAGCAUCAAGCUCAGCAAGCCAAGGCUGAGGCUUGCCACAGACAGAUGCUCAAGCCAAUUAAGGUGGAAGCUGGAGCUAAGCCCAAUGCCUGUAUGCGCUCCUUGGCAGGACCUCCAGAGAACAAAGCAUGGAAGAAGACUGCAAAGCAAGAAGUUCAGCACUUGGGGUGUGAUCAGUCACAACAAAAGAGCAUCAUUGAGACCAUGGAACAGCAGCUGAAACAGAUUCAGGUUAAGUCCCUGUUUGAUCACAAGGCCCUUACCAUCAAGUCACAAAAGCACGUGAAAGUAGAAACGGCAGGGCCGGUCACUGUGUUAACUAGAAAUACCAGUGCUUCAGAACUUAAUGGGCAUGCCCCAACAUCAGAGCAGCAAGCAGCUUCUUCCUCUGAAAAAACUCCCACAAAAAGAACAGCUGGUUCUGUUCUCAAUCAUUUUUUAGAGUCACCUUCUAAGUUACUAGAUACACCUAUAAAAAAUUUAUUGGACACACCUGUCAAGACCCAAUAUGAUUUCCCAUCAUGCAGUUGUGUAGAGCAAAUUAUUGAAAAAGAUGAAGGUCCUUUUUAUACCCAUCUAGGAGCAGGUCCUAAUGUGGCAGCUAUUAGAGAAAUCAUGGAAGAAAGGUUUGGACAGAAGGGUAAAGCUAUUAGGAUUGAAAAAGUCAUCUAUACUGGUAAAGAAGGCAAGAGUUCUCAGGGAUGCCCUAUUGCCAAAUGGGUAGUUCGUAGAAGUUCCAAUGAAGAAAAGCUACUGUGUUUGGUGCGGGAGCGAGCUGGCCAUACCUGUGAGGCUGCUGUGAUUGUGAUCCUCAUCCUGGUGUGGGAGGGAAUCCCACUGUCCCUCGCCGACAGAUUAUACUCUGAACUCACUGAAACGCUAAGAAAAUAUGGCACUCUCACCAAUCGACGGUGUGCACUAAACGAAGAACGAACCUGUGCCUGUCAGGGACUGGAUCCCGAAACCUGUGGUGCUUCCUUUUCUUUCGGCUGCUCGUGGAGUAUGUACUACAAUGGAUGUAAGUUUGCCAGAAGCAAGAUCCCGAGGAAAUUUAAGCUGCUUGGGGAUGAUCCGAAAGAGGAAGAGAAAUUGGAAUCCAAUUUGCAAAAUCUAUCGACUCUGAUGGCCCCUACAUAUAAGAAACUUGCUCCUGAUGCAUAUAAUAACCAGAUUGAAUAUGAGCACAGAGCACCAGAGUGCCGCCUGGGAUUAAAGGAAGGUCGCCCAUUCUCUGGAGUCACUGCCUGCCUGGAUUUCUGUGCCCAUGCCCACAGAGACUUGCACAACAUGCAAAAUGGUAGUACACUGGUUUGCACACUCACCAGAGAAGACAAUCGGGAGGUUGGUAGAACACCCGAGGAUGAGCAGCUCCAUGUCCUGCCUUUGUACAAAGUCUCUAACAUGGAUGAGUUUGGCAGUGUGGAGGCCCAGGAGGAAAAAAAGAGGAACGGGGCCAUCCAGGUGCUUAGCUCCUUUCGGCGCAAAGUCAGAAUGUUGGCAGAGCCUGUCAAGACUUGCCGGCAGAGGAAACUGGAAUCCAAGAAAGCGGUAGCUGAAAGGCUCUCGUCCUUAGAGAACAGCUCAAAUAAGAACGAAAAAGAGAAGUCAGCUUCUGGACGUCAAAAGCAGGCCAGCUCAGAGACUGUGAACCAGCCUAAACAGUUGGCAGACCUGUUACGACUUUCUGGACAGCAGCAGCAGCAGCAGCAGCAGCCACAACAUCAACAUCCCCUAACAAAUAACCCUCAGUCACCUUCUGUCAAUGCUUACGCUACUUCAGGCCCCCCAAAUCUGUAUAUGAGGCGACCCAACCCAGUUAAUCCCUAUUCCAGCUCUUCCCACUCUUCAGACCUUUAUAGUGGGGCCAACCCUAUGAAUCUGUAUACCACCUCAUCCCAGGCUGUAAGCUCUUAUUUGAAUUCUUCCAAUCCCAUGAAUCCCUAUGCAGGGUCUCUGAACCAGAAUAAUCAAUAUUCAUCUUACCAAUGCAAUGGAAACAUGCCUGUGGAUAACUGCUCUGCCUAUUUGGGUCCCUGUCCUUCCCAGUCUCAACCAAUGGAUCUAUACAGAUAUCAGAGCCAAGACCCCCUAUCUAAGCUAAAUCUCCCACCUAUUCAUACACUAUACCAGCAGAGGUUUGGAAACAGCCAGAGUUUUGGUCCCAAGUACUUGAAUUAUGGAAACCAAAAUAUGCCGGUAGAUCCCUAUAGUAGCUGUACCAUUAGACCCAAUGUACACCAUGUGGGGUCUUUUCCUCCCUACUCCAUGCAUGAUAUGGAUGGCCAUUUCAUGGAAUCUACUUCAAGGUUACCACCCAGUCUGAACAAUCCAAACUUAGACUAUACAUCUAUAAAUAAAAAUGGUGACCAUCACCCGCCUCCCCACUUAGUUCAUGACUACCACACUGCUUCAGGUAUAUUCAGUAGUUCUCCUCAUUCCUUCCAUCUCCCAAACAAGGACCGUGAGAUGCUUUCCCACACAGCUAACGGGUUGUCUAAGAUGCUUCCAGGUUUUAACCAUGAUAGGACUGCUCCUGCUCAAGGAGGCUUAAACAAAUUCAAUGAUGCUAAUCAUCUAGAAAAGGAGCCACAUGCACCAAGCCAGGGUCUGGCCUCUGCCCCAGAGGAUAAUGAUGAGGUAUGGUCAGAUAGCGAGCACAGCUUUCUGGAUCCUGACAUCGGUGGAGUGGCAGUGGCCCCAACUCAUGGGUCAAUUCUCAUUGAAUGUGCAAAACGCGAGCUCCAUGCAACCACCCCCUUAAAAAACCCCAACAGAAACCACCCCACCAGGAUAUCCCUUGUGUUCUACCAGCAUAAAAGCAUGAAUGAACCAAAACAUGGCCUGGCUCUAUGGGAAGCCAAAAUGGCAGAGAAAGCACGGGAGAAGGAAGAAGAGUGUGAAAAGUAUGGCCCAGACUACGUGCCUCAGAAAACCUAUGGUAAGAAAACAAAACGGGAGCCUGUCGAGCCUCAUGAACCCUCAGAACCAACCUACUUGCGAUUCAUCAAGUCUCUUGCCCAAAGGACAAUGUCUGUCACCACCAACUCCACAGUAACUACAUCUCCAUAUGCCUUUACACGGGUCACAGGGCCUUAUAACAGAUAUAUAUGACGUCACACCUUCUGUUGGUUACCUCAUUUAUAAAGAUGACCACCAAUCGGUCAGUGGGGGAGAGUUCUCAUUUUGAUGGGGGGGGGAGGGAACAGAUACCAUAUUUAUGCUCAACAUGGUGGAAUAACCUCAGCACACCAGCAAAAAAAAAAAAAUGAGGUAGUCUUACCAUGGCACUUACUUUCCACUGACUAGUAAUAAGUGGUCACCGAUGGUAGGUGGGAAAUGAGACCAAAGCAUUCUAUGCAAAAAAGAAGUAAGAGGGGCGGAAGUGUUUCGCAAUUUACAUUUUGAAAACACUGGUUCUAUUAUUGGAUGAGAUAAUAUGUAAAUGUGAAUUUUCCUUACAACUCUGCACAUCUGUGACCACUUUUAAUAAUAUCAAGUUUGCAUAGUCAUGGAACAAGAGUCAAACAAAUGCCAUAGUGUUACAGGAGGAAUCAUAAAAUACCAUCUGGUGCUGAAUAUAUGAUGUACUGAAAGACUGGAAUUAUGGGUUUUUAACAUGCAGUUUUUACUGUAAUCUUAAUAUUAGCUUUUAUUUAUCAAAACAGAUACAUAGAACAUGAAAAUGAAUAGACAGCAAACACUGAAUUUGUUUGGAAAUCCUAAAAUAUGGUGCUAAGAAGAUGGUGUCCUUAAUAUAGACUUUGAACAUUUAAUGCCUUUAUAACAGUCAAAAUGUUAACAGUGUACUCAAAUGCCUUUGAAUGACAGGGGCACCUUUUCAUCCAAGUUUUUAUCCUAGUUAAUGUAUUCUUACACAAGUUUUUUAAAAUGUGGAAAUUUUAAAGGCCUCUGGAUUUUGCUCAUCCAGUGAAGUCCUCAUUAGGACAAUAAGCAUAUAGAUGUACAUAUAUAUAUAUAUAUAUAUAUACAUACUAUGUAUAUGUGCACAUAUACAUGCACAUUCAUGUAUAAUUAUAAAUAUUUUAAUGGUGUUUUAGAAGCACUUUGUCUACCUAAGCUUUGACAACUUGAACAAUGCUAAGGUACUGAGACAUUUGAAAUGAAAUCGUUUACUUUAAUUUUAAAAUGUAAAGUGAUUUUUAAAGAAAAAAAGCUUUUAAAUAUAUAUGUAUAUAUAUAUUUUUUUCAUUUUUAGCCAUAUAUCUGCUGGUGGGCUACAUAUCCAUUCUAAUGCAGCCAGUUACAACUGAAACGGGGCUUGCUGGAUUCAAGGGAAUACUUUUAGUACACAAAACACAUGUUUUCUGGUGCUCAUUUCACUGCUAUACUGUAAACCCGUUUUAUACAAUUGUUAUGACAAGUUCAUUGCUCAAAUGUGGACAGUUUGAAGACAGAUUUUCUAUUAACCACAGUUAACAAUUAGCCACAAACUGCAGAUUCGAUGGCUGUAGUUAGCUUGGGCCUACACCAUUUCCUGGCUCCCUAAGUUCUUAGAGGAUGGGAAAGGCAGCCUGCUUUGUCUUGAUAACUGUGUACAUGGUGAUAUACGUCAUCUCUCGGUAUUAAGUGUCCUCUUGAACCCGGAAGACUAAGCAGGCUGAUGCCUACCCAAGAUGAUAAAACAGGGUUAGUUCUGUGUGUUUCUGUUGAUUAAAAAGAAACAAAAAACAGGCAGCUGGUUUGCUGUGGUGGUUUUAAGUCUAUAAUUUGUAUUAAAAAAAAAGAAGCAAAAGAGUUGUAUAGUAAAUUAAAUUGUAAACGAACCUUUUUUUAACACGAUGCUUUAGUAUUUUAGUACUGUAAAAAUUAAAAUAUAUUAAAUAUAUUAUAUAUAUAUUUGGGUUUGAAAGUGAAUUCACAUCAUGAUGGUGCUACUCAGCCUGCUACAAAUAAAUCCUAAUGUGAGCUAAGAGUACAUUAAAGGUUGGAGUGAUGUUCCUACUUGUCAUAUACCUCAACACUAGCUUGGCAAUAGGAAAUUGAACUGAGAGUGAAAGUUUAUAACAUUGUAUACCAUCUUUUUUUUAGUUUUGUUUUGUUUCCAACAGUCAUUUUUUUAAAAUAAAUUUUUUAAAACAUACCUUUUUCUCAAUACUUGAUAUCUUAACAAGUAUAACUUGAAAUUUCAACCUUUUUUCGUUCUAAAACUUCAGGGAUAUUUCAGCUCGUUCUCCUUACUCCAACACGUCAACUGUGUGUAUGUAAAGCUAUUGUAGGUUAAUAAAUACAUUCUUUUUUUUUUCAGGGAUUUAACCCUUCUAUUUUGAAUCCCUCCUCUAAUUUUUUCUGUAAAUGUAUUAAUGUAACUACAACUAAUUUUGUAAAUUUGUUGACUUUUUAUUGUAAUAAAAGUGUUUUUUUACAGUUUAGGGAAUGUUUUGACUGUUUCAAGCAGGAAAAAAAAUAUACAUGAAAGUAGAAUGCACUGAGCUAAUAAAGGGAAAAAAAUAAGGCAGGGGUUUGGCAAGUGGCCAUUUUACCGGAGUUUCACAACUCUCUAAAUAAGGUUUUUAUGAUACUGUAAUAAACAAAGGUACAGACAGUUUGAGGGCUUCCCUAAACGUGCAAACCACCAUCACCUAGAUAUAUGUUGUGCAAUAUACUGUAUAAUUAAAUUUUGGUCUAAAGAAACGUUUGACUAGCAGGAUUUCAAAUGAAUUCUUAAUCAAAAGGAAGCCCUUGGGUUUUAUUGGUCGAAUAUUUAUAACAUGGCUCUUUGCCUUUUCAAAAAAAAAAAAAUUCUCACGUUUGCGAUUAUGUCUACUAUGAUGCAAACAUUUCAGAAAUGUUUGAUUUGCAUUUUUACAUCAAACCAAAAGUUUUUUGUUUGUUUGUUUGUUUUUAGGUUUUAAAACUAUCAUGGUAGUAUUAACCUGAUUCAAUUUUUUUUUUAAUGGCUGGUUUGGAGUCUGUACAAUUGUCACAUCACUCAUGGUGAAUAUUUGUUUUUUUAGACUACCCAUCAGCAUUUGCCAAACCACUGGUGGACAACUGAGUAAGCUCAGUUGGGGGGAGGGGGGAGAAGGCGGGAUUCAAUUUUUAUUGUAAAUAUAGACCUGUAAUUUUGGUGUACAGAACCCUGCCUCAGUUAGAAUGAAUGGAAAGCAGACAUAAAUUGCUUGUAUAGGACUAUCAGGUUGACUAUAGCCAUACUUGAAAAUGCUUCUGAGUGGUGUCAACUUUACUUGAAUGAAUUUUUUUCAUCUUGAUUGACGCACAGUGAUGUAUAGUCACUUCUAAAGCUAGUGGUUAACUUGUGUAGGAACUUUUUGCAGUUUGACACUAAGCAAAUGAACUUCUGUGUGCAUUUUCUAUGCUUUAUGUUCUUUUUCCCCCUUUGAUUUCAUUUCAUUUUCAUGAGAUGUUUGGUUUGUCUGCAAAAAAAAAAAAUCUGAAGAUGGUUAUAAAUACUGUAAGUAUUGUAAUGUAAUGAAUGCAGGUUAUUUGAAAGCUGUUUAUUAUUAUAUCAUUCCUGAUAACGCUAUGUGGGUGUUUUUAAUAAAAUUUAUAUUUAUUUAAUGCACUCUAA